AUGCCAUCACAAUCAACAAAGGCAACGAAACGGCAACUAUCGCAUACCCCUGUGCUCGACCCAUCCAUCAGCCAUGUCCCAAAAAAGGAGGGCGGGGCUUGGCUCGGGGUUGAGCCGCCCUCUGGCCACCAGGAUGUCCCGCCGUCUGGCAUCCCACUUCCGCGGCUGGCCCUCAAGGUUGAAAAUUUCGUCCGCCGUGGAAACCAUGAUGAGGUAUUCUCAGAAGAAUGUUCACCAAGAGAGUUUGAAGCAAUCAAGGACGCAGCUGAAGACGGCUGCAUUGGCCCAGACAGUGAAAGGAUCAGACUUGAAUACCUCGACGGGAAGCUCAUGGUCUGCUGCCCCAUGCUGGAACAUGAAAUCAGUGCCGCGCUCGUCCGGAGUGCCUCCAGCCGAGGCCAAGUCCCCUUAUAUGUAUCAUCGGCGAGUUCACCAUCCUAUCUUCUGUUUGGAACAGACUGGCGCUGUCCCAACUAUUGCUUUUUUCAAUCAGAUGCUAUAAAGGAUGCAAAGACACGGGCAGACCAUCACAUCAAUGGCAUGCCCACAGCCACGGUGGAGGUGGGCCUCAUGCAAUUGCCCGAGGCCCUUGCGCUCCAUUCUGCCAGCUGGCUGCUAGGGUCAGGACUGCAGACAAAAACUUGCAUCGCAAUAAAGAUAGUGCUUCAGGGAAAGGGGAAUACUCGCUCCUUGAAGGAGCUUUAUAUAACUCAAUGGGUGGGUGGGUUUCUUCGCUGGGCUGAAGAGGAUGAGCAGUUGGACGACCUCAAGGGAAAGAUCCUCAUCUUGCACAGUGAUGAAUUAGUGGCAGCAACGCCGUCCGAUAAAACAUGCAGGUACCUCGCAGUGGACACAGCAAUGGACGAAGAGACAGGGAAAGUACGUACACGGUAUAUUCACGCUGUCCCAGCUAAGGGGGUCGACAAACUCCAGCUCUACCCCCCUGGGUGCGACACCCAUACAGAUACCAUCAACUUUGCGAAACAUUGGUUCAUCAGAGACACCCUAGAGCAAGACUCCAUGGAAGAAACAUUUUUUAGCAUUAUCCCUGAAGAGAUUAUUGCAAUCGUUCAGAAGAAUAUUGAGUUAGAUAAUGCAAAAGAUAGGCCAAAUGACACUCUGGGGGCCGAUCAGAGGAGGGAUGCGGACCUGUCUGAAGUGGUCAAGAAGCGGACCCUCGAGGCCUUCAAGGCAUCGGUUGAGCUCCAAGGGUUGCCAGCCCUGAAGAAGCGCAUAUUAAGCUAA